AUGGCUCAAAGUGGAUUGAGAUUCUUGCAUCUGUUUGGUGGGUCUCUUUUGCUUUGCUGGAUUCUGCAGCAAACAUCCAGAUACUUUUACAGGGAAAAGGCAUCAGAGUCUUUGACAUCAUUACUGGCUGAUGAGCCUUUUGCUUCUCCUUUGCUCCUGUAUCAAUCUCAGAGCUCUCCUGCUCAAGAUUGCAGUGAAACAGACCUUUCUGAUCCUCUAUUAACUGAGAAGCCUCGAAAAAACUCUGCAGAAGAUAUCCCAAGUGUGGUCCCGGAGGAUGAGGCUGAAUUAGCUUACAGUAAAUUCUCUCAAGCAUGGGAUACUCUUCUCAGAGAGGGAUGCUCAACGAAGAAAACAAACUUGGUGUUUAGAGCCGUUGCAAAGUUUACUUCAAGGAAAACAUAUUCAUAG